AAUUUACUGAACGUCACAUGACGUAUGUUAAAUAAUAGUACGGCCUAAAGUCGAGGUAAUUCACUUGUAAAGGAAUUAUCCAGGUGAAUUUAGGUAUAAUUCAAUUAUACAAGAUGUACAAGAUGUUCAGGUUCAUGAGAAUUAAAACAUCACGCCAGGGUAUUUUAAUUCUCUGGUUUCUUCUCGUCAUGUUUUUACUAUAUCUAAUAAAUGAUGGUUUGAAAAGUGCCGUACAAAUGCACGAAGCCGGGGUUGAUAGUGAAGAACAUAAUUUUGUUUCAAAAAGAGUGACUAAAAGCAAGCCUUUUAUGGAAUCUAAAAUGAAAAACCUUCAAACUUUUAACAGUGAAAAAUCACUAAACAAUAGUGAAACGUUGUACUCAAAUCCGCCGGAACUAAAAUCCGAAGAUUCCUUGGAGAAUAUAGAUGUGGAUUAUUUGAUAUAUUUGAUCCAUCAUACAUUUCCAAAAGAGGGUGACCCGAAAUAUCCAGGAUUUAAUGAAACCAGGAGUCAUUCAAUACCACUAGAUAGAACUACUAACUAUCAUACAUCCGAACAAUGCCAAGGUCACAAGUGGUUUAUCCCCCCUGAUAUGAAAGUCAGCAUAGUUAUACCGUUUAUAAACGAACCGUGGUCAACUUUGUUUAGAACUGUUAUCGGAAUAUUAAAAAGGACACCAUUAAAAUAUUUACACGAAAUAAUACUAGUUGAUGACCAUAGUACCCGGGAAUAUUUACUGGAACCUUUAGAGCGUGUCCUCAGUCCUUUUAAACACAUUUCAGUAAUUCGUACACCAUAUGCAAUGGGACCAGCUUCAACAAGAAACUAUGGAGCGCGGCACACUAAAGGCAACGUCAUUAUUUUUUUUGAUUCUCAUUGUGAAGUGGGCAGUAGAUGGAUAGAACCAUUACUAGAUGCCAUUGCUAAGGAUACAACUAGAAUUGUGACCCCUAAGAUUGGUGUUCUUUCACCCGACACAAUGGAAGCACGCGGUGUUGGGGAUAACAUAAGAUCUCUCAUUAAUUGGUCUCUCGGUUCCUUAUUUGGAUCAUUCCCAGAGUCAGUUUUAGAAAAAUACAAUAUUACCGACCCAAUUCCGCUACCAUCUUUAAUGGGGGCUGUCUUCGCUAUGGAUAGAGAGUACUUUUUUAAGAUUGGGGGUAUGGGAGAUUAUUUUAAUGGUUGGGGUGGAGAGGAUGUUGAUCUAGCUAUUAAAAGCUGGUUGUGUGGCGGUGGUCUUGCUCUAUGUAGAUGUUCAACAAUUGGCCAUGUUUAUAAGGCGCAUCCUUACGUUUUUACCAAUAAUCCUUUGAAUAACGUGGCGUUAAUGGCGGAAGCCUGGAUGGGGGACUAUCUACCCAUUACCAAAUGUGUUUUAGUGAGAGGAAAUCUUCUCCCAAAGGUGGACACGACCAUUCUUAGGUCAACUUUGGCCUUAAAAGAAAGGCUGAAAUGUAAACCCUUUAAAUGGUACCUAGAGAAUGUCCUGCCUGAGUUAGAGAUUCCAGAAACGAAUACUACCUUCUACAUGCUGCAUAGUCAUAGUUCUUCAUUGAGUGUAGGUACAGACAUGAAAACGCUUAAUUUUAUUCCCAAUGCACAGGAAAUAGCUUGUGGUGUAUCAGUUGUUAAUGAUAGACUUAAAUGUAAAGAUCGGUGCUUGACCAUCAAAAACGCUAGUUUAAUUUUUGACACAUGUGAUGCUGACAACAAAUAUCAAUAUUGGAAAUAUUCCGAUGAUGAAAUCCGACCGUAUUUUGAUAAUAAAUUGUGUAUCGCUAAUAGUUAUAAAUCUGCUAUUUUAAAACCGUGUAAUAAACACCUAUCAAAAAUUAAUCACCAAUCAAGCUUUGCAUCGAGAUGCAUCAAGAAAAUUGCUUGAAGACAUACAAUAAUAUUCCGAUUCAGUCAACUAUGAAUAUUAUUGGAUAUCCAGCGAAAUGAUGUGCCCAUUAUAACUUGAUGGGAACUUUAAAACAACCGGAACCUGUAAAGUAUUGGGACUAAUAAAUUAAAAGGUUUA